GUUCGAUCCUUGUAGCUUUGGACUUGCCGUACUCCGAAUUACAUAAGGAAAGUCAGCUGAGAGUCAGAAGAGCUAUGGCUUGGAUGAAUUUUCAAAUGCCCAUGUUUGGUAUAUUUGGUAAAGCUGAAAUCAAUAGUUAUGACAAGGCUCUUCUAUGAGUUUGGCAAGCGGCAAACGGACCCCGGGUGCCGGGCGGUCCGGAACACCUUCCGAAAAUACAAAGUGUCGUCACUUCUCGCCGGGCUUCACCGUGAAAACCACAACCAACGGCAAACUGUUAUUCUCGUUGCGACUCGGAACCCUGCGCACAAUAACUCGUGGUAAACCCACCUGAAUAAUCCCACUAAAUUUUGAUCUUCACCAACGCAACACGAUAUUAUUUCACCAGAACAAGUCAUAACAACCACUUCCACCCACCUCUCCAAAAUGCCCACCCGGAUCCCCCAACCGGAGGACUUCGCCCCCCUCUCCCCCGCCCUCAACUUUACCCUAACCUACCCCGAAGUCCCCGAGACCACCACCGCCAUCCUACUCAUCUUCCACGGGCUCGGCGACUCAGAAGUCUCCUUCACCACCUUCGCCAAGAGCAUCGCGCUUCCCGGGGUGCUAGCCAUCACCGUCCGGGGCGUAUCCCCUUUGCCGCCGGCACUCCUAGGCAUGACAGACGAAGAGGCCGCUACGAGUCCGACGAAGCAUUUCCACUGGGGUGAUGAUUUGACGCUGGCACCCGAUACGGGGGAGCUGGAUCCCGACCCUGGAUUCGCCAAGGCGGAGGAGUUGGUACUGGGGAGGUUGGUGCGGGAGACUUUGAUAACCAAGUGUGGGUGGGAUGUGAGGGAUAUUUUGCUGUUUGGGUUUGGGCAGGGGGGCACGCUGGCGUUGGGCUUGGCCUCGAGGUUGAGGGGUGGGGAGAGGGUGGUGGACGUUACGGAGGGAGAAGGGGCGCAAGAAGGGAAGGUGUUUAAAGGGACUGUGUCGAUCGGGGGGCCGUUACCGGCUAGUAUGGUUCCGACUGUGAGUGCUAGAGAUAAGUCGCGGACCCCGGCCCUGGUCUGCCAUGGGAGGUCGAGUGAGGCGGUUGAUGACGAAGCGAUGGAGGUGUUGAAGAAGGAGUUUGUGGAUGUCAGGGAAGUGAAGUGGGGGAAAGGCAAUGAUGGCAUGCCGAUGAACAGGGACGAGAUGCUGCCAAUUAUGCAGUUCUUUGCGGAGAGACUGCAGGGUGGAUGGUGAAGACGAUGGUUAUCUUUUACUCGAGCACAUUUCCACGGUUCCAACCAUCUUGCUCCAGAUACCUACAAAGUCAACUAUGGCCAAAUGAGCCAUAGUCAACGACAAAUGACUCACAUCAAGGGCGAGAUACGCAAAUUUGAUGUUGAUAAUCGCAGCUCGUAUACACUCCAGGGGCUCCAUCUGAGUGUUUUUGUGAUGCACGUCUUGUUUGGACCUAGGGAUAAGCUGAAUUUGUCCCAUGACAUUUACGGGUUUAUUAAAACGCAUACUGGCUGACCUACAUUGUGGGCAUUUAGUGCGUAGCUCUUGUUAAAGAAGAGUACUCCGGUGGAGACGGAAUACUCGACAGCACAAGUUGGAAAAAGUGAAAUUCUUCUCGGCUUUAGCCAAGUUUUUGUGGUUGCAGUAUCCGAGCCCAAAUCCAGUCACUAUUAGCCGGCAUGAAGCAGC